ACGUUUGUCGGCACAACACGUGUAGCAAAUCUACUUCCUGUUUUGCUAGCGUUCUGGAAAAAAUGUCAGCGACAUGCUGAAGCUAAUUUCAGAGUGUAACUCGUAAUCUGCAGACAAGGACAAACAUGACUGAGCCACGAAACCCUGGGAUGUCCUCCGCCCCUCAGGUGAACCCAGCACACGCUGAGUCCAGCUCUCCAGCUGUAGAGAUGGAUCCGGUGGAGUACACCCUGAGGAAGCGUCUUCCUCGCAAACUCCCCAAGAGGAGGAACGAUGUCUACGUGAACAUGAAAACGGAUUUCAGGGCCCAGUUAGCUCGCUGUCAGAAGCUCCUGGAGGGCGGCGGUCACAGGGAGAUCUGCAUCCACGGUUUGGGGCUCGCCAUCAACAGGGCGAUUAAUAUUGCCCUCCAGCUGCAGACCAGUAGUCAAGGAGCCCUGCAGCUGGCUGCCAACACGUCCACGGUGGAGCUGGUGGAUGACCUGGAGCCUGAAGAUCCUGAUGAGGCUGGGGAGCCAAUGACGCGUACACGCAACAACUCAGCCAUUCAUAUUAAAGUUUUUUAUCCUGAACCUUAAGUGACUGUUGCAUUCAACAGAAACUCCCUUUUGUUCUCCAAUAAUUCCACAAACAAAAAAAAGGUCUCCUGAGACAUCUUCGUGUAGCAACCCAUCAACAUCACCUGGAGUCUUCACAACGAAGUAUUCAGAACAUUUCAUAGUCAUCAUCCUUGUUGUGCUUUAAGUGUUGUUCACCACGUAAAACUUUAUUUAGAUCUGAUGUUUCACAUACAGCUGUACUUUUAUUUAAUUUUACUUCCACCAGAUUGUUCUUGAUUAUAGAGAACAGAAAUCAGUUUAUCAUGUGGGUGUGGUUAUUGUAAAUGUCCACUAGGUGUCAGUAUUUAUCUGUUGUAAUGGAUAUUUAAAACUUCAAUGGCAGCAUUUACCAACAGCUGUUUACGGUGUCGGUCAGCUGUGGGUCAGGAAGACUUCAGAAGUAUUUAUUUAUCUGAUCUUUGAAGGGUUUCUGGUGUUUAUUUGGUCAAAGCUGAUGUACUUGAUUAUGUAUUUGAUAAAGUUACUUGAAUCAGUACAUCUUUGUAUACCAGUUCCUCAAACAUUUUAGGGGAAAAGCAUCUGUGCAGCGUGUGCGUCAUGCAUUAAUUACUUGUUCUGAACGUCUGCUUUCUGAGAAGUUUGCUUUUUACUUCCACCACUCCGAGAUAAAGAAUGAAAUGAACAGAC